AGCUUAAUGAGCUUGAUUAGACUGAACACUUAAAGGCAGAAACAAGUUUUAAAAGUAUUUUCUUCUGUGAUUUGCUUGCAAACACUCCAUGGAUGAACACCGGUGUUCAGUGUUGGAGGGAAGCCUUCUCAUCAGAUACCAGUGUGUGCAGGAACUGAUGGAGAUUGCACUGGCUGACACAGAGCACUGAGUGUUUCCAUGCCUCAAGACAAAGUCUGAGAUCUGGUUCUACCAAGCAGCAAGUCAUUCACACAUUUAAUUCUUCUUUACAGAUAGCUUUAGUUUGCAAAUCAAGAGGAAGUCUUGCAGACCAAGUUUCUGGUGAGGCUUCCACCUUCUGCUGACAAUUGCCAGCUGGUCUUGAGAUACUAAAAAUAGUUCUUUUUUUGCAGAAAUGAGAAGUGCCAAUACUUGCAGGAAUUAGUGACACUAAUUCUUCUUUUUCCCCACCUCCACUCGCCCAAUACUGCGAAGAAAUUGUUAGAGUUGGCUCAUUAUUCUGCCUUUCUCAGCCAGCUCAUUGUCCAGCUCUGAGCAAUGUGCAGCAGUUUUACUUGUUGAUAUGCUCCCAUCAAUUUCCCUGUGUUCCAGGCUCUGUCCCCACACAAUCCCAUUUGCUCUAACUCAAAUGGUGGUUUCAGCAAUCCUGUUAAACAGCCUAAUCCUGCAGCUCCUGAAAUCAACAGAAAGCAGCUCUUGACUUGUACAAGGAACAAUGUCAGUCUUCAUUUGUAAAUUGUUAUUUUGAGAUGACCUGAGUAGUUCGGGAUGACCUCAGAAGGGUUUGGUCAUUCCAGUAGCCUGGACUUAAUCAGACAGGGUCUGCACUGUGCUGAGCUGUGCCAUUGCUCUCCCGGCUGGGUCAGCAGACUGCCCGUAUCAGCAAUUCUCACUGUUACAAAAUCGGGAAAUUCAGGGUGGAAAUGAAAUAGUGCAGAUAACGGGGACUUUUUUGGACAGUCAGUUAAAGUCAAGGCCAGGCCCUAGAGAGUUCUGCGUCACAGUCUAUUUCCACCGGCAACUCAAAUCCUGCGACCAAGGCACGUGAGAAGAGCAGAGAACAGAGCAGAGCGGGGCGGAACCGGCGCGGCCCGGGGCGUUCUCGGCAUCGGAGGAGGCGCCCGGGGAAAUCGAAACUGUGCCCCGGGCCGGGCCAUGGCCGCCGUCAUCGAGCUCGAGCGGCUGCAGCGCGUCCUGGAGCUGCAUUGCUCCUGCUGCCUGCAGCUCUUCGCGGAGCCGGUGCGGCUCACGGGCUGCGGCCACAGCUUCUGCCGGGGCUGCAUCCUCCUCUACUGCGCGGGGCGGCCCCGCGCCGCCUGCCCGCUCUGCCGCCGCGCCUUCGAGCUCCGGCACCUGCGGCCCAACCGCGAGCUGGCCGCGCUGCUCAGCCUCAUCCCGCGGGAGCUGAAGGAAGAAUUGGAAACACACGAUCGCUAUGGAGCUGCUGCCUGCAACGACCGGAGCUCGGCAGGGCGGGGGCCUGGGGAGAAGGAGGAAGAGAUAUGGGAGAGCUCCAAGCAAGCAGAAGUAACUGCAGAGACCAUCCACCUGUUGAGGAAAGAUCUCAGUAAAACAAAGGAAUAUACAUCUCAGAUCAAAAGCCAGAUUAUUAAAGAUUUCUGUUGCAUGAAGGAAUAUGUUGAAAGACAGGAGAGAAACACACUGAUGGUCAUUGAACAAGAGCAAAAAGCUGCUCAGCAGAAAAUUGAAGAGACUAUUUGCCAGCUCACAGACAUCAAAGCCCUAACUAGUGACUUAUCUGAGGGGCAGACAUAUGAAGGCUUACCUUCAACAAUAAAUAAAAUUACACUUGAUGAGAAACUUAAUGUUGUCAAAAGUGCUGUAGAAGAUCUUAAGAGAAAGUUGGAAAUUUUACUCUUGGAGAAUUAUGCUCAGCAACUCCCAGCAGUGCAGCCUUCAGACUCAUACCAGGAGCCAAGUGUCAGCUCAUCAUCUCCAGAGUCUGCAGCUAAAAGUCCUGAACCAACCAUUUCCAGCCAGUUUUCUCAGUGGGCAGAUGAUGUGACUUUGGACCCCACAAGAGUACACGAGCGCUUGGCACUCACAGCCCAGAACAGGAGAGUGAUGGUUUCCAGCCACCUGACCACUUAUCAACCAUCACCCAAGAGAUUCUCCAUCAGCCAAGUGAUGUGUUCACAGGGCUUCUCUACUGGGUGCCACUACUGGGAAGUAAUUACCAAGGACAGUGAUGGAUGGGCUGUUGGAGUUGCUCACGAAAUGAUUGGUAAAAGGGACAAAUUGGGAAGAACUGAGCAUUCCUGGUGCAUAGAAUGGCUGGGUCCUAAAAAACAGCUGUCAGCAUGGCAUAAGGAUCAAGAAACAUUAUUACACAAGGACAAACCACUGAAGGUUGGAGUUUUCCUGGAGCUACAAAAGAAGACUGUCAAAAGUGUAGAAGACACUGCUACAAAAGUGUCAUUUUACUCCAUCACUGACAAAGAAACACUUUUGCACACCUUUGAAAUUAGUACUUCAAAUCCUCUCUACCCUGCUUUCUGGCUGUACACCCUAGAAAGAAAUGGAUCUUUAACUAUAAGUCAGCCAAACAGGAGAUAAAGUCUAUUGAGAACAGGGGCAAUUUUGCCAAUGACUGCAGAGUUUCUAUAAAAGCCUCAGUGUUUAGCACAGGAGUGUACCAUGGAACAAAUAUGUAACUACUCAGGCAUUCCUGGGAAUCAGCAACUGAUACUUCUGUCUGCUCUCCGCUUCACACUGUGCUCUGGUCUAGCCAUACUUCACUAAAGCAAUUUCAGCCUAUGCUGAAGGCAGUAACCACCCCUGUGGGAAUCUGGUGGGUUUCUCUAGCAGCUUUAAGUAGUUCAGGAUAUUCCUAGGAAAGAAUGUGCUAAGGAAGCUCUAAUGCUGGGGAUAAGCCUUUCUCAUGGACUUAAUUUUUCCUACAUUGAUAUUAAAAAAUACAGGAAAACAGAUUAUUACAUUACUUCCUGUCAACUGAGUUUUCUUUAGACAAAUCUGAUUGAUUAAGGAAUACUCAGAGGUCAAGAAUGUUACUGAUCUUAGGUAUGAAAAUCUUUCCCUUUAGGGUAGGCACUAACUCAGAAAUAGGCUUUGGAUUUGAGGAGCUGACAUUUCAGGGAUGUAUUCCAGAAGAACACUGUCUCCCUGGAACCAUAUUUUAAUCUUUCCCAGGCCAAAGGGUCAGUCCUGGUGGUGGUGUGACCACAGGCAUAGUUGUGGAAGCAGAUGAUUGGGUGUGUUUAUACCAGCUAAUAAAUCAUGUGGUCACUUUACUGCCCUUUUAAAGGGCCUGCAAACAGGACUCUGUCAUGGGAAAGAUCAUCUGGUCUUGCUGCAAGCCUGAGACAAAGCAAGAGGUCCUCGGUUGCCUGUGGGGGGGUGAAGGGACCAGAGCUGAGGUCCCACAAAACUUACAGACAGCUUGAUUUCUGAGAGAUCCACUGCUUCAUGCAAGCAAACUGUAAACAGCCCAAGAAGCAAAAGCUUUUUCAGGAAGACUGUGACAUUUCAGAAUUGACAAAAUAAGUAGUUUAUUCUGAAUAAAGCAUGUGGGAUUCAACUA